GUUGACCAGGUGGCAGCCCCAAGGGAAAUCGCCAGCCAGAAACAAUAACACAGAGUGCCUGUCCAAAUUAAUUGUUAGCAACUAACUGCUUGUCUCGCCUCCGCUUUGCGCCAUGUCCACGCUGAACCGACCAAAGUCACCGCACACGCCCACGGCCAUCAAGAAGGGCGAGAAAGAGGACAGCUUCUGGGACAAAUUCAGCACCCUGGGACGCAAACGCGGCACCCGCGAAGUGAAGAAAGUCCAGGAGGAGGGAAAGUACGCCAUCGACUCGCCCGGAUCUCCCAGCCAAUAUGAUAUCCCGCCCGAGGAUUAUGCCCUGCGCGAACACGAGCAGCGCGCCGUCAUCGAUCCGCAGUCCAUAAACGAGCCGGAGGUGAUCAAGCUUCAGCGCAUCCUUGUCGACUGGAUCAAUGACGAGCUGGCAGAGCAGCGCAUCAUUGUCCAGCAGCUGGAGGAGGACAUGUACGACGGCCAGGUUUUGCACAAGCUGUGGGAGAAGCUCACCGGCAAGAAGCUGGACGUGCCGGAGGUCACGCAAUCUGAGCAGGGUCAGCACGAGAAGCUCAACAUUGUCCUCAAGGCGGUGAAUCACACACUGGGCUUCCAUCAGAAGAUACCCAAAUGGUCGGUGGCCAGCGUGCACUCCAAGAACAUUGUCGCCAUUCUGCAUCUGCUGGUGGCACUUGUUCGCCAUUUUCGGGCUCCCGUCCGCCUGCCGGAGAACGUGUUCGUGACCGUGGUGAUUGCCGAGAAGAAUGCGGGCGUGCUGAACGCACAAAAGUUCCAGGAGCAGAUCACCUCCGAGUACGAUGACCUGGGCAUGCGCUGCGAGAAGGACGCCUUCGAUACCCUGAUCGACUGUGCACCCGACAAGCUGGCCGUGGUGAAGAAGUCACUAAUUACGUUCGUGAACAAGCACCUGGCCAAGCUGAACUUUGAAAUCAACGACCUGAACACGGACUUCCGCGACGGUGUAUACUUGUGCCUGUUGAUGGGCCUGUUGGGCGGCUUCUUUGUGCCGCUGCACGAGUUCCAUUUAACGCCCCAAGACGUCGACCAGAUGGUUAGCAAUGUGGCCUUUGCCUUCGACCUGAUGCAGGACGUGGGCCUGCCAAAGCCAAAGGCUCGGCCAGAGGAUAUUGUCAACAUGGAUCUGAAGUCCACGCUGCGAGUCCUCUACAGUCUGUUCACCAUGUUCAGAGACUAUGCCUGAGCCAAAACCCCCGGCCAAGCCGCCGAUCAACGCCAAUUUCACAUUUUAUAUUAACUUUUUUUGUAAUGUUUACACGCGUAAUUUAUGUGCCUUCUAACAGACGGUUAUUUAUGUACUUGUAUGUCGUCUGUGUUAUGUCUAACCUCUGCGCCCCGCCAUCUCAUCAGCUUGGGGCCGAGUGGGGCGCAGCUAACCCGAAUCGACGGCCAGUUGUUAACUUGUCUUAUUCACGUACCAGCCGUAGUAGUUGUUACUAAAUGAAUUUACUGUAUUAAUACACAAUAAACGAGAAUAUAUGUGCCUUCAGAUUGAGCACACACAGA